AUGCUGGCCUGGCUCAAGAGCCUCUUUGGCGAUCCCGCUGCAAAGAAGAAGCGGCGCCAGAGUCGUGCGUAUCAGAAACGCGUGCGGAACCAUGAACGUCAGCUGCGCAAGAAGCAGUUAGGGGAGACAAAUGAGCAUACAAGCUUCUACUUCAAGCCGUACGCGGGUGGAAGAGUAGGCCCGCUUCAUCCCUUGGCUGCCCUACAACUGCAACGAAACCGAGAGAGCAAGAUCACGGAACAGUAA